GGAUGUUUUUAACGGCGUUUCGUCGUGGUUUACACGUUUGACUUGAGCGAGGAAGAGAGAGAAAGAGAGAGCAUUGACCUGUGAGAGUCUCUACUAUAAAUCUAUAAUACAUAUCGCCAUCACAUUAUUCAAAUCUCAUCACGGCCAAAGUUCAAAGUUUUCUUUAUUCGAUAUACCUGUGGUAAUGGCUACGGCGGGUCUCUACCGGCGAUCUCUUCCUUCUCCUCCGGCCAUUGACUUUUCUUCUGCCGAAGGCAAGAAAAUAUUCAGUGAAGCGCUUCAGAAAGGCACAGUGGAAGGAUUUUUCAGGUUGAUUUCUUAUUUCCAAACGCAGUCUGAACCUGCGUAUUGCGGCUUGGCUAGCCUUUCAGUUGUCUUGAACGCUCUUUCUAUUGAUCCUGGACGAAAAUGGAAAGGGCCUUGGAGGUGGUUUAAUGAAUCGAUGCUAGACUGCUGCGAGCCACUGGAAGUAGUCAAGGCCAAGGGCAUUUCCUUUGGAAAAGUUGUGUGUUUGGCUCAUUGUACUGGAGCCAAAGUAGAAGCGUUCCGCACAAAUCAAACCACCAUUGACGAUUUCCGCAACUUCGUAAUGAAAUGCUCUUCUUCUGAGAACUGCCAUAUGAUCUCAUCAUAUGACAGAGGAGUUUUUAAACAGACUGGGUCUGGUCACUUUUCACCUAUUGGUGGCUAUAACGCUGAAAGAGACAUGGCUUUGAUUCUUGAUGUUGCUCGUUUCAAGUAUCCUCCUCAUUGGGUUCCUCUUAAACUUCUUUGGGAAGCCAUGGACAGCAUUGAUCAGUCAACAGGGAAACGUAGAGGGUUCAUGCUCAUAUCUAGACCUCACAGAGAACCCGGAUUGCUCUAUACUCUGUAUAUAAAACAGUGCUGUAAGGAUGAAAGCUGGGUCAAUAUAGCCAAGUAUCUCAAGGAAGAUGUUCCUCGUCUUGUAAGCUCACAGCAUGUAGAUAGUGUGGAAAAAAUCAUAUCAGUUGUGUUCAAGUCACUUCCGUCAAAUUUCAACACAUUCAUCAGAUGGGUGGCUGAGAUCAGAAUAACAGAGAAUGCAAAAGAAAAUCUCAGCGCAGAGGAGAAAUCUAGGCUCAACUUAAAGCAAGUGGUGCUGAAAGAAGUGCAUGAAACUGAGCUGUUCAAACACAUCAAGAAGUUCUUAUCCUCAGUUGGUUACGAAGACAGUAUGACAUUUGCCGCAGCAAAGGCUUGUUGCCAAGGAGCUGAAAUCUUAUCCGGAUGCUCAUCAAUAGAGUUCUGCUGUCGAGAAGUGAAAUGUGUCAACGGUGCUGUCGAGGUGGAAGGCACGCUGGUGACUGGAGUUGUUGUGCGUGACGGGAGUGAGCAAAAUGUUGAUCUAUUGGUGCCAUCGACCCAUAUUGACUGUGAAUAUGGUCCGGAGGCAACUUAUCCAGCAGGAAACGAUUUGUUUACUGUACUUUUGCUGGCCUUACCUCCACAGACAUGGUCAGGGAUCAAAGACCAAGCUCUUUUGAAUGAAAUGAAGCAGCUCAUUUCUAUGGCUUUCCUCCCAACUAUGCUUCAAGAAGAGGUUUUGCAUCUUCGACGCCAACUGCAGCUGCUAAAACGAUGCCAAGAGAACAAGGAGGAGGAAGAUCUCGCUGCUCCUGCCUACUGAUUCGUCUGCCCAAAUUCAUAAAUGAUGAAUCUUAAGUAUCUCUCUCGCCCAUUUGAAUCCCAACUUCUUAAACCUAAAACCCUGAUUACAAUUUCUCAAACACUCAAUUUGGUAAGAACAAUGUGGAAGAGGAGAAAAAUAAAAUCUCUCUUUUAUAUGUAUAACAAAAAAAUUCUUCUUUGUGUUUUAGGCGAUAAAAAGUUAAUAUAUAUAUAUGAUUCGAAAGAACUCUUUUUGGCAAGUAACUGAGAAAAGCACACUAUGAAGCUGGAUAAGGAAGAAGAUUCUGCAAUAUAGAGAUUGGGCAAGUACGCUCACUCGAGUGGAGAUUCGGAGUGGUAAUAAUAGCUCGUUUUGGUUUGAUAACUGGUUAUCUCCAGGUCGGCUAAUUGAUCUCACUGGACCUCGAGGCUGUAAUGAUAUGGGGAUAAAUAUUAAUGCAACUGUUGGGUAUGCUGUUCAAUCUUACCGCCCACGCCGGCGUCGAGGUGAGCAACUGAAAGCCACAGAAACAAAGAUAAUGGAUUUGAGAGCGCAGGGUCUGUUAUUUGAGGAGAACAUUCAGCUUUGGAAAGGGUAGGGAGAUUUUUGAAACCGAUGUUCAGUGCUCACCAAACUUUGGUCGGAUACUAUCUGGUCUUCAGGCGCCACGCCUAAAUAUUCUUUUAUCACCUGGUUGGCCAUCCACAGCCGUCUCGCUACUACUGAUCGCAUUUUUCAAUGGUGCCCUCAGGUAGAUUUUCAAAUGUGUGCUAUGUUUGGCACCAACAAAAACAAGAGAUCACCUCUUUCUCAGUUGUCCUUAUUCAACUCAGAUUUGGGCCGAUCUUUCAAAGAAUAUCCCUGGCAUAAGCUACACAGCACACUGGAGCAGCAUUAUGCAAAUAUUGGAAACUCGGGGAAGGCAAGAAGUACAUCAGUUUCUGCUGAAAUAUGUCUUUCUAGUCUCAUUACACACUAUAUGGAGUGAGAGAAAUGGGAGAAGGCAUGGAGAAAGGCACAAUAUAUAAUCACAAUCAAUAAAUCACAAUCAAACUUAAUAAGAAUUCUGUUAUUAAUUUCUUGAAGAAAAUAA